AAAUGCUGUGCCGUUCUGUGCCAUAGGCGUUCCUGGUCUACGCUGCAGGAGUGUACUCCAACAUGGGCAACUACAAGUCGUUCGGGGACACCAAGUUCAUCCCCAACCUCCCCCAGGAGAAGCUGAAGGCGCUGGUGUGGCAGAGCCAGGUGUUCCGGGACAACCCCGACCAGAUGGAGGAGCUGUGGAGCACCUGCGGAGACCUCAUGUACUCCCUGGAGGAGCGGCAGAAGCAGCUGGGCCUGGGGGAGGAGGCAAGGCUGGGCCUGGGGGUGGGGGAGUACGCGGCCGGCGAGAACCAGCGGCGCAUGCUGGAGGAGUACGUGCGCAGCUUCACCUUCGGCUCCGUCGAGGCCCACAAGGAGGGCUCGCGCUUCUGGAUCAAGGACCGCGGCCCCAUCGUGGAGUGUUACAUCGGCUUCAUCGAGAGCUACAGAGACCCCUUCGGAUCCAGGGGAGAAUUCGAAGGGUUCGUCGCGGUGGUCAACAAGGCCAUGAGCGCCCGGUUCGCCCGGCUGGUGGGCUCGGCGGAGGUGCUGCUGCCCGAGCUGCCCUGGCCCUCGGAGUUCGAGAAGGACCGCUUCCUCCGGCCGGACUUCACCUCCCUGGACGUGCUCACCUUCGCCGGCAGCGGGAUCCCCGCCGGCAUCAACAUCCCCAACUGUGAGGUGCACAAGGCCACAGCGGACGUGGAGGGGGGGCGGGCUCUGUACGAGGGCUACUCGGCGGUGACCGACGACGAGCCCCCCCACUUCCUGCGGCUGCGCCAGACCGUGCUGCUGCGCAAGGAGCCCCGCAAGAUGUUCGUCCAGGCCAACACGCGGGUCAAAGGGGAGGCCGUGGAGCUGCUGGAGUACGAGGGCACCGCGGCGGGCUUGAUCCGCUCCUUCGCCGACCGGUUCCCCGAGGACGCCGAGCGGAUCGAGGACGGGCUGCUGGAGCUGAGCCGGCGCGACGCCCCCUGCUGGUGCUGAGAGCGCGCGCGUGUGGGUGCACACCCUAGGGCGCGAUACGGCGAGGGCCCUGCAGCGCGGGGUUGACCGGCGAGGGGGGCGAGACCCACGGCGUGCCUUCGAUCGCCGCGGCGGGUGGCCACCCAGAUCUGAGCCGUGCGCUGGGUGGAAAGCCCCCCCGCCCCCCCGCCCCCAUCGCGUGCCUUGUCUGCCCUCGGCUGACGAGCGAACCCACAGACCCCGGCCGUGCGACUCGGCGAUAGGUUGGUUCUGUCUGUCCGCUGGUCCUCGUGAAUAAACUGUGCACGUUUUCCACCAGA